UUGUGCCGGAGUAGAAGAGGCAACGUGAAGCCCCUGGGGAAGCUGCAGGCUUUGAUUCUCCCUGUCAGGACUCAUCCCGUCGACCGCCACCAUGCCUUUUGGAAACACCCACAACAAGUACAAGCUGAAUUUCAAGCCGGAGGAGGAGUUCCCCGACCUCACCAAGCACAACAACCACAUGGCCAAGGUCCUCAACCUGGACAUCUACAAGAAGCUGCGUGACAAAGAGACCCCCAGCGGCUUCACCCUGGACGACUGCAUCCAGACCGGUGUGGACAACCCAGGCCACCCCUUCAUCAUGACCGUUGGCUGCGUAGCUGGGGACGAGGAGUCCUACGAUGUCUUCAAGGAUCUCUUCGACCCCAUCAUCUCAGACCGUCAUGGUGGCUACAAACCCACCGACAAGCACAAGACUGAUCUGAACCAUGAGAACCUGAAGGGUGGAGAUGAUCUGGACCCCAACUACGUGUUCAGUAGCCGUGUACGGACUGGCCGCAGCAUCAAGGGAUACACCCUCCCACCACACUGCAGCCGUGGGGAGCGCCGUGCCAUAGAGAAGCUCUCCAUCACUGCCUUGAACAGCCUGGCAGGAGAGUUCAAGGGCAAGUAUUACCCCCUGAAGGACAUGACGGACGCUGAACAGCAGCAGCUUAUCGACGACCACUUCCUCUUUGACAAGCCCAUCUCCCCUCUCCUGCUCGCUUCUGGCAUGGCCCGCGACUGGCCCGACGCCAGAGGCAUCUGGCACAACGACAACAAGACCUUCUUGGUCUGGGUCAACGAGGAGGACCACCUCCGUGUCAUCUCUAUGCAGAAGGGUGGCAACAUGAAGGAAGUCUUCCGGCGUUUCUGCGUUGGGCUGCAGAAGAUUGAGGAGAUCUUCAAGCAAGCCGGCCACCCCUUCAGCUGGAACGAGCACCUGGGCUACGUCCUGACCUGCCCCUCCAACCUGGGCACCGGCCUGCGUGGGGGCGUCCACGUGAAACUGCCCAACCUCAGCAAGCACCCCAAGUUCGAGGAGAUCCUCACGCGCCUCCGCCUGCAGAAGCGUGGCACAGGUGGUGUGGACACCGAGGCCGUGGGUGCUGUGUUCGACAUCUCCAACGCCGACCGUCUGGGCUCUUCCGAGGUGGAACAAGUUCAGCUGGUGGUUGACGGCGUGAAGCUCAUGGUGGAUAUGGAGAAGAAGCUGGAGAAAGGCCAGGCCAUCGACGACAUGGUCCCUGCUCAGAAGUGAGAGCGCCAUCUCUUAGCCCUGACAGCCCCAUGCGGACUGGGGCUCGGACUCCGGGGGGGUGACCCCAA